AUGGUGGAUUCAUCAGAAGAUGCAUUAAUCAUGGAAGAAAGAGAAGAGCUCAUGGUUUCACUUGUUGAUUAUGAACAAGUAAUACCCAUUAUUAGAGUUGCCCAUUUUCUGAAACCAACACUACCCUCUGCUGAAAAGUUCCCAUUUUCCCCUUCUAGACCCAAUAUUCAAGAACUGAGAAGGAGUACUUCACUAAAGGUCCAGUUCAGGGGCGGUGUUUCAGUUUCACACUUGAAGGAAUGGGCUACUUGGGUCAAUAAGUUAAAACCUUUAUAUCAAGAAAUAUGGAAGAAAGCUGGAAUCUUUGAAGCUAUUAUAGCUUCCACGUUCAAGAUUUGUAUGCACAAUGAUUUGAUCAUUGCUCUUGCUGAAAGAUGGUGUUUGGAGACAAACACAUUCAUUUUACCAUGGGGAGAAGCAACUGUUACUUUGGAGGAUAUGGUAGUUUUGAGUGGUUACUCUGUUUUGGGUCACUGUGUUUUGAACCCUAUAAAGACCCAAGAGUCUGUUCAAACGGAAAAAGUUCUUAGUGAGGCUUUUACAGUUAUUGCAGCACGUAAACGGAAUGUUUAUCAACAUGCUUGGAUGGAACAUUUUGCAGGAAGAGGUGGGCAUUUGGAGCACAUUGCACUUUUGACCCUUUGGUUAUCUAGGUAUGUGCUCCCUUCCAAAAGUUAUUAUAAAGUGGACAGAGCUCUUUUCCCUAUUGCAAUUCAUCUUUCUCAAGGAAUUCCAGUGGCAUUUGCCCCUGCUGUUCUUGCUAGCAUUUAUAGGGAUUUAACGUUGCUUAAACAGUUUAUUAUAUCUUCAUUUAAGCACCCUGAACAGAGUAAUUAUAGAUGUAUAGAAGACACGUCGGAUCUUAUCCUUCGGGCUCCUCUUCAUAUUGUUCAGUUAUGGGCAUGGGAGAGAUUUCCCAGUUUGCUGCUUAAGCCUAGUGUCAUCAACUUUGGGGAGCCAAGAGUAGCUAGAUGGCAUAAGGUGAAAAAAGCACGUUGUGUGGAUCCUAGGAGUGCAAUAGAUUCUGCAGCAGAAUUGUUUUUGUGGCGUCCUUAUGCUAUUGAUACUGUGAAGAAUUGGGACAUCAACAAAUUUUACAAGGAAAAGGAGGAAUAUGUGGUAGUUGGACCAAAUGUGGGAAGAGAAAUCUUGAUGUUCGCUCGACUUAUUCGAGCUUCUGAACUAGUUGGAAUGGAUUGUGUAGAACUGUAUAACCCACAUAGAGUAUCAAUGCAAUUUGGAUUCGAUCAAGAUGUGCCCGGUUGUGUGAAUCAUGCUUGGAGAUAUUAUGACAGACCAAUUAAGGAUGCCAAACUCUACAUACCUUCCAGGUUCUUCCAGUCAGAUGUUAGCAAGCGAUACUUAGAGUGGUGGAAGAACCAAAAGAUUACACCUGAAGAUGCAGUUAAGCAUGUAAUCAAGGGACAGCAAUCUAAAACUCAUGGAAGAAUACCAGAAAUGUUAUGGGGACACAACGAAAAACUAAAUGCCUUAGUAUGUUGUGAAUGUGCGCGGAAAAGUUAUGAAGUUAGAACAAAUGGGAAUAUUCAAGAUUGUGAAAUGAGAGAUGUGGAAUCAUCAGAUGAUGAUGACAAUUUAACGAUAUCAGAAUUUUCACGCAAGAGGAGGCUCCAAAAGAAAGGAAUUACUGUAGCUGAUAAUCGAGAACUCCUACCUACCACCAACUGCCAAUCUUCUUCACCUUGGAAUGAUGAAUUAACUGCCACAGAAAGGGAGGCUUUAAUUGAAUCAAAACCAAAGAAACUUGAGACUACAAAUGGAAAAUCAGAGGAAUUAGAUGGAAAUGAGGCAUAUGUAGUUAAAGAAAAUAUGCCACAAGAGAGCAUGGACAAGAAUGAUAAAGGUGACUGUAAGCUCAACUUGCCUGGUAGUGAGGGUCUAAAUGCAAAUAGGAGUGAUGGAUAUGCAGAAUGUUCGAGUACUAGUCUUGCUAAAGCUUCAGUGGAAGCAUCUAAGAGAACUGCAAAUGGUAUCAACAAGACUGAGGGAAAUAUGCAGAUUGAGAACAUUGACAACCAUGAAAAAGGGAGCAGUAGAUAUGAAAAGAUUGAUCUUGAUCUUCUGAAACUUGAGAAGAGGAUUAGAAACUUUGAAAAUAUCAUUGCUGGAAAGGUUCCAAGGCUCAGGACAAGGUGA